GUGUGUGUGUGUGUGUGUGUGAGAGAGAGUGCGCGCGCGCGCGCGUGUGUAUGUGUGUGGAGUUUCUGCGGGGAGACGCUCCGAUGGUGCUGAAUUUUUCCAAGAUGUCGUCGCUGGAACAGAGACUCUCCCGAAUCGAGGAGAAACUGAAGCAGGAAAAUAGCGAACCUCGCAGACGGAUCGACCUCAACAUCGACAUGAGCCCACAGCGCUCGCGCCCGAGGCCCAUCAUCGUGAUCCAGCUCAGUCCUGCUCCAGCCCCUUCCCAGCGUGCAGCUUUGCAGCUGCCGCUGGCCAACGACGGCGGGAGCCGCUCCUCUUCCUCAGAGAGCUCGCCACAGCACCACUCGUACCCCAGUCGACCACGUCACAUGCUCACGUUGCCUACUCCACCCUACGGCCUGCAGAAGAGCUUGGAGAAUGCUGAAAUAGACCAGAAACUACAGGAAAUUAUGAAACAGACGGGUUACCUGAAGAUCGACGGACAGCGUUACCCUGCGGAGGUGACGGAUCUGAUCAACGAGGGCGAGAUCGGAAGCGGUACCUGUGGACAGGUGUUCAAGGUGCGCUUCAAGAAAACCGGCCAUGUCAUCGCUGUCAAGCAAAUGCGGCGGACGGGUAAUAAGGAUGAGAAUAAGAGAAUUCUUAUGGAUCUGGAUGUCGUCUUAAAGAGCCACGACUGCCCGUAUAUCAUCCAGUGCUACGGAGCUAUAGUCACCAACACUGACGUGUUCAUUGCCAUGGAGCUGAUGGGGACGUGUGCGGAGAAGCUAAAAAAGCGGAUCCAGGGGCCCAUACCAGAGUGCAUUCUGGGGAAGAUGACCGUGGCGAUAGUGAAGGCUCUGCUGUAUCUCAAGGAGAAGCAUGGUGUCAUCCACAGAGACGUGAAACCCUCAAACAUCCUGUUGGACGCUAAAGGCCAGAUCAAGCUCUGCGAUUUUGGAAUCAGCGGCCGCCUCGUCGACUCCAAAGCUAAAACCCGCAGCGCUGGCUGUGCCGCUUACAUGGCGCCUGAGAGAAUAGACCCUCCAGACCCCAGUAAGCCUGACUAUGACAUCAGAGCCGACGUUUGGAGUCUCGGCAUCUCUCUGGUGGAGCUGGCUACAGGACAAUUCCCGUAUAAGAACUGCAAGACAGACUUUGAGGUGCUGACCAAAGUGCUACAGGAGGACCCUCCUCUUCUGCCUCUCAGCAUGGGCUUCUCCCUCGACUUCCAGUCCUUUGUUAAAGAUUGCCUCACAAAGGAUCACAGAAAAAGGCCAAAAUACCACAAGCUGCUUGAGCACAGUUUCAUCCGUCGCUACGAGGUGCUGGAGGUGGACGUGGCAGGCUGGUUUCAGAGAGUGAUGGAGCGCACCGAGUCUCCACGCAGCAGCCAGUGCUACAGCCAGCACCAGCUCCACUCUCUGUUCAGCAGGUAGCCGCGCACUCUGAGACGAGCGGACGGCGAGACGGGGACAGGGACGGAUGAAGAGAGAGCAUGGAGGGUUGUGUGUGAAAAGGGGGAAGGGAUAAAGCAAAGCUGGUUUGAGACAGAGUAAAGAUGACUGACAGACAGACACGGGCAAGUGUGUUGUAAAUUUGAAACCUAUUUAUAUUUAUCUUUAUAUAUAUCUAUAUAUAUUAUAUAUAUUUUUUCCUUUCUUUUUCAUCCACCACUCUUAUCAGGACGGACCUUAGCCUUAGGAGUCGCUAGUCGUGCACGUUCACAUGUAUAGUGUCAUACACAUUCACUACCGUUAUAAGCUAUAGAGCACUGUACAGUGUAAAGCAACAGCUGUGAAUAUCAUCACUUCUUACAUCAUGUAUUGACUUCAAAUCAGUGUAAGCCAUAUGGCUGCGCGGUGUGUGUAGCCGCCCUACAUAGUGUGUGUACAGUUCUGUGUUCAUACUGAUACUGUGUCCUUCACCACGGUCGUUAGCUCCACAUCCUCCAUUAGCCCCUUACUCAGGGACUGAACAGAGUAGUCGAACAACACUGAGCCAAGGUGUGUGUAUGUGUGUGUGUGUGUGUGUUUUGUGCAUUUGUGAGUAGUCUUAUUAAUUCUAAAGUUUAAUAUAUGGCAAGUCCUCAUUUUCCCGGACAGAUCGCAUGUCCGAGUAAUAACUCGAGGAAAAUAUGUGGAAAAUAUCAAAAUUAAAUGAGCUAACACGAAGUUAGAAAAUUAGGACUUGUUAGAAAAUAGUGCUUAAAAGUGUUAUCGAUCGACUUUGCUGACGGGAAGUUAUUUUGCUGUAAAGACAAAAAAAAUUAGUUUAGCUUCUAGCAUUUUAAUCCAGACCAUAUUUUUUAUUAUACACCCCCCAGGAGAGGUGAUUUAGGUAUGCAAGCGUGUUUGUAGAUAAAGAUAAUUCCCACGUAACGCCUGGUUCAUGCUUCAGCGGAAGCGCCGGGAACGUUCCUGGUUUUAUAGUUUUAGCAGUUUGUAAGUAUUGUCCAGAUGGAAGUGAUUUUUAUUUUUUUUGACUAAUCUUCCACAGAGUUCAGAUUGUAAUAGUUUUCGAUAUCGGAGGAGGUCGUUGUAUCACAUCGUCAAGGCAAAAUGUUGGACUGGGUACAUUAAAAAAUGUAAGCCACAAAAUAAACAGUGACUUCAUUGAUAGCUUUAUCGUGUUCGAUAGGAAGUGAAGCGUCAUGUCGAUCAAAUAAAACGUGCAUUAGUGAUAAUGUUGCUGUUGGGGAAACGUCAUUGAACCUGUAGCUUAGGUGCUUCGUCGUGUUAAAGGUGGAAGUUAAUUCCCACUCAUCCUUUACCGGUCGCUGCUGGCCAAUCACAGCGUGUUUGGAUCCAUGUAUUGACCAACCAAUCAUGAACGUCUCCUCCAAAGUGCUUUUCUGAAUAGAAUUUCAGGAACCUCUUUACAACCAAGCUUCAGAUAAAGUGAUUGAUGAAAAGAAGAUCGUGGUUAAGCCGUUUUAUAAACAUUUCUACUAAGAAGAUUGAGAAAGUGAGAGAUGGAAAGAUGACUACAAAUAAAUUCCAGUUCAGUUUUUCGGCUUCAUCUAAACCCACCAUUUCUAUCUAUCCAUUUUUUUUUUUUUUUUUCCACAUUUAAGUUCAGCAAACCAAAGCACCUCCUCUAACCCCCUCGUCAUCAGGCCACAGCUUGUAGAAUAGCCACGUUUUUCCCAGAACCAAAGCCGUAGCUGAGAAGUCACUGCUCUUCAAAAACCAAAAAAAGGAGAAAAGAAAGAAAGUGAGGUAGGAAGAAACGGGACACGGUACGUCGACAGAAGGAUCCGUACGAGCACAGAAGCAGAACGAUAUUUGGAAAGGUGUGUAAAGGAAGCUAAAGGAAGUUGGGAACCGAGAGACGGGAAAGGAAAGUGUGACUGAAGUUUUCGGAGUGGAAAUCUGACGGUGUCGAGGUUAGCGUUCGAUCCUCACUGACUGCUGGACAUUGCAGAAAAGCUUUCCAUGGUAUCAAACCAAUAUACUUGUUUUGUUUUUUGUUUUAUUGCUAGGGACAAUUAGUGUGUUAUUCUUAUUGCCUUAUUGUCGAUUUUUUUUAUGAUGAUUAUAUUUAUUUAUUGUUAUGCUGCUACUGCUUUUGCUUUAGAUGCUGCUGUCAGUAUAUAUAUUUUUUUCUUUCGUUUUAUUUUUUAUUUUCCCCAAAGGUCAAUAGGUUGUUUUUUUUUUGUUUUUUUUUUAUAUAUACAGUUGUUUUGUUUUCCCAAAAACCAAAAAAAACAACAAAAAAAAAACAAAAACGUGAAACGUUGCAAUGUCUACGAAUUAACCAAAUACCUGCAAGACUGAACGUGAGGAGAAGAUCGCAUCCAGGAGGUUUUUAUUUUUUUAUUUCAUUUUGAUUCAACGUGUGUAGCUCUAGACACGAUACAAAGGCAGUGUUUCAACUAAUUAUCGGUAGAACAAGUAUUAAAUGUGCGAGUGGUCAUAUUUAUAUAAGAGCUCUAUUUCAGCAGUUAGCUGUAAUCCUGUAUGUAGGUGUGAUUUGUGUUAGCUUUAGCCUGUUCCGUCCUGUGGUGGAUGGUAGCGUUCUUUUGUUUCGUUUUUUUCUUCUGUUGAAAAGCAGUGUGGGAAGAUGGGCUGCAACAGAAAGGAGGAUUUAUACCGAUAUAUUAUAAUAUCUAGAAGACGGCCUUUUCCACCAGUCUGCCAUCUUUAGCGGCAUAUCUGCUUUAAACAGACUAUAAAGUUAGCAUCAUGUGUACAGUUUGAAAGGAAAAAAAAAAAAAAAGAUCUCUCCGGACCCCGUGUGCGGCUCGAUUUCGCACCGUCACGUUCUGUCAGUUUGUCAGUCAGUCAUUUGCUCUUUCUGUCUGUUCUUACUAAAAGUGUCAUCCUUUUGUUUUUGUUUAUAAUGCCGAGUCGGGUCGGCGAUACUCUGGCACUUCUGUGCGGCUCGCUUGCUAAAUUUCACGUGCGGAUAAGAGAGAGAGAGAGCAGGCUAAGCCACGUUUAUGUUCACGCUCCCCGAGUGUCGUUUACAUGCAUGUUAAUGAUCCGAUUAUUCGGAAUUAUUCGGGCGGAAGUUCACGUAUCCGGUGCGUCCACAUGGUUACCGCUUAAAAGUUUGGGAUCACUUGGAUAUUUCAGCCACGGAGGAAGACUCCCAUCAAGCUUAAUCCAUCUUGUGGGAGAUGCUCCAGGAAGCAUGGGGUGAAAUCUCAUCAGAUUAUAUUGAAAAAAUUGACAGCUAGAAUGCCCAGGAUGUUUUUGUAUAAAGGCAAAGUUUGAAGAAAGCCUUCAUCAUUUCCAUCAAGAUCAUUAUUUCUAACUCUGACAUGUCAGCCUGUCUUGCUAUGUUUUCUAUUCAGACCAAUUCCGUGUGUGUUUCCUUCGGAAAAUAAUAAAAUUUUUUGAGUGAUCCCAAACUUUUACAUUCAUAAUAUACACCUAGAUUUCAUCCCAGAUUAUUUAGCACAUGUGUAUAUACUGUUAAUGGGAUAUUGUCAUAUUUCUACAUUUGAGACAGAUGUAGAAGGGAAAACAUUUUGAAAUGGAGACAGUAAGUCGGAGCAACACCAGAGGAUCAUCUGGACUGAUUUUCAAGCUACAGAUAAGCACCGGUUGGUCUGAUUAUAUCCUCCCGAUUAUUAUUAUAACCCUUCAGAUUUUGGCAUCAUGCAUAAAAGACUGUACUCUCUCUGUAGUGUUUGUUUUGAUCUGAAGUCAAUAAAAUCCCAGCUUCUGAAGGUCUCGGUUAACGCUGAAUAAACACCGUAAUGUGGUUCAGACCUUUAAAAACUCAGAAAUUUAUCAUGAAGGCGAGUCGAUUUAUAAAAACGUACAAAGUACCGUGAGGUCCCGAUUUUCUCUUUCUGAAGCAAUACCCAUAUCAUAGCUGUGAGAAUCAUCCGACGUCCUCGAGGUAACCCGCAUACACAGCAUAAAUGACUCCAGUGGAUUAGAUUCGAUCAGAUCCAGCACUUGGACCCUGAUUAUACAGACGGACACUUUUGCUGUUUAAAAUAUUUGUAGCAGCAUUACUGAAAGAAAUCUAGAGCUAGUUACAGGACUUGAAACCGUUUCAGAUUAUUCUGUGCAUGUAAACACACUCAGGCAGGCUUCAGCUUAGAUUGGACGCCUGCAUGAAAUUCUUAGCAGUUCAACGUUAAAAUAAGAUAAAAAGAAGCUGCAUCCCGCUCUCUCUUACCCCGUACCGUUACUCCACACACCCAAGGAAAGCUCAAGUUCUGAGUGUUAAUGUUCCGAUUUUCCAACUGUACCUCUCUUCUAUUUGCUGACACUUAUUUUUCUUGUGUAAUGUCAUAUUUUUUUGACCGUUCUGUUUUGUUUUUCUUCAGUGUCAGUGCUGUGAGCAUGUGUGUGCACGUUUUUGUUUUCAUUUUUUAUUUCCGAUGAGCAGUACAUGACAUUAGCCUCAGUGAAACGAGAAGCAGAGAUCACACCAGUGCCUCUGCUUCGAUAGCAUUAAUGUGUGUGUGUGUGUGUGUGUGGCGUGAACUCCUCUAGCGCUGUACGAUGGGAGUUUAUUUGAUACGCCUCCCCUCAUCUGUACGUAAACCAAAUACUCACUAUGCAGUCAUUCAAGUCAGCUUGCUCAAGCCCUAAAUCUUCUGCACACACACACACACACACACACACACACGUCUGUGGUGAAACCUCCUUUCGUUGUUUUGAUGAUGGACUUCUUUGCCUUCAGCCAGAGGAGAGAGUUAAAAGAGAAGUGUUUCUUCUUUCCUGUUUGAUUCAUGUGUGUGAAUGAGCUGACAUAUUUAAGGAUUGUAUUUGGGUGAGGGAGGGGCAGGGGUGGGUUGAGUGGGCGGUGCUUGUGCAGUGGGUGGGAGGGGCUCACGUUAUGGGGCGGGGUUUAGACCAGGGAUCAGUUUGUCCAAUGCUGUAAAGUGUAUCAAUUGCAUGUUAUCUCAGAUGUAACUGCCAUUGAUUUGACUUCUGGAUGGGAUGGGAGGGGCAUAAAACUAUCUAUUUAUGAUUUUUACAUAUUAUAAAUAUAUAUAAAUAUAUAUUCUGUACUUUUUUUUUUUUUCUUUCAUUGUCUUAUUAGAAAAAGACACUUUUUUGCUUUGUCUUCUUACCUUUUGUUUGAAUCUCUUUGCAAUAUGACAUUUUUAUUUUUAUCCUUGCUUGAUUUCAGGCUGUUGUUGUUGUCGUCGUCGUUUAUACGUCCGUAGGUUUUAGAUCAUCGCCGCGUGCGAGCGCGGGACGGAUCGGGGGUUUUUAGUCGUCGUACGUUUUAGAAAACCAAAACGUCCGUCACGGUCGCGAUGUUGUACGGUGAAAAAUCUUCAGGGGUUCUACUCUCACACCAAACCGAACAAAGACAUGACGGCGUUCUGACAGAAGAGUCGGAUGUGUUCUAUCAGAAACAUCGUGUCGAAGGUGUGUCUCUUUCUUUUCGAGCUCCUUCGUCUCCUUGUCUUUUUUUUUUUUUUUU